GUACUCCGAACGGUGAGGAACUCCGGCGACGUGCCACCUGUUAAAGCUGCCCUGUUAUAAUCUUUGGCCGAGUAAAGAGAAAAAAAAGAUAAAGAAAAGAAUAUAGAGGCACCCUCUUUUUUUUCUCUCUUUUUCUCUCUUUAUCUCUCUUUUUGUCUAUCUAUAUAUCUAUCCAUUCAUCUAUUCAUCCGUCUAUCUGUCUAUAUAUCCGUCUUUAUCUUUUACUACUUUCGGUGAUCCGUUCCUCUUAUCUCAUUUCGAACUCUUCAGUUCGAAGUGGAGAACGCGACCUUGAAGGACGACGUAUCGAUCGAAGGAUAAAAAGAAGAGGAGAAGGAGAUAAGUAUUGACUGACAAAAGGAGAUAGAAGGAAUCUUUGAUAGAUUCUACGUGGAAAGUUGACAUUCUUCUUUCCUUCAUUCUAAUCUGAGAGCUGUUACUUCGAAGGAGAACUUCUUCGCUAAGAAAAGGGGAAUUAAAAAUUCAUCGAAAAAUCAACGGAGAUCGAUUCAGUGAUUGCAUAAGGAUGAUUUUAAUCACUAUCUUAGUAACAUCAGCAAUGAUCACUAUGACGCGUUCUGCACCGGCUGUACAUCUUCCAAAGGAAACUGGGAAUUUUCCGGAAGUGCUAUGGCUCGUUAAUCAGCGAAUGCCAGAAUUAGAGAGAGAGAUGUAUGAAUCGAGCAACGAUCCUGGCCCGACGAUACUCAGGACGAAAAGGAUCGGUUCUUUGUCGAUCGUAAAUAAUUUCGAUGUUCUCAGAGAGAGAAUACUUUUGGAAAUAGCUCGUAGAAAGGCUUUGCAAGAUCAACGACAAAUCGAUGCUAACAGACAGAUUCUCGAUAGCAUCGGCAAGAGAUCGGUAACAUCUUUCGAGGAUUACACAUCCUCGUCUCGUCCUCGAACUUCGGGAAAAAUCUACGAUUGGCUCAGCGAAAAUGACUCCCUUCUUGGAAAUCGUCAUAGCAAUCAAGAUCGCAGGGUACCAAGCAACGAAUUACUCUGGUUGUAACCAUAUGCGAACCAAUCAAAGAAAAACUAUUGAAAUCCAGAUUUGGCAGGCAACCUCUCGCUUUUCCAAGUUUUACGAGCCGCAAAUUUUGUUCCCAUAUCAUUACGAAUUCUUCUUAUAGAGCUUUUAUCUGAUCUAUCAGUCUCGCGCGUUUCUCAGGUUCUAAUAGGCAACUAUAAUAUAGCGUGAUGAAUGAUGAAAAAUAAAAAAAAAAUUAAAAAAUUAAAAAGAAACAAAAAAAGGCAGAAAAAAGCGAAUAAUAUAAUGAACAUAGUAAUAUCAGCGACAUUUCAAGGUUACAUUCACAAAGUCAAUUUUCAAAGACGAUUCAAUUGCGAUGUAUAUGAGUCGUCAAAACGAAACAGUAUUAUAUUUUGUGAUCUUUCUUUUAUAUUAAUUAUUUUAUCGUUUCUAUAAUGUCUACGAUAAACACUAUAUUGUUAUUUUGUUUUGUUUUUUUUCUCCUCUUGACUAGACCAAAAAAAAAAUAUCGUUUCGUUGUUAAAUAACUCAAUUUGUUUCAUAUAAUUUAGGUAUUCGAACCAUUGAAGAAUUAAGACUUUUCAUUUUCGUCAUCACAAUUAUUCAUCCCCUAUAAUACGAUUAAUCAUUAUUUAUUUGUCUAACUAUAAUAUUUUCUAUUUAUAAUAGUUCCAUAAAAUAUUUACGUUUGUAUUAGACAUUCUCUGUAGUAAUCUCCGAAAAUAGAUUUUACUAUUUUAAAAGUUUAUGUCCGUUCUAGUUUUAUUACGAAAGUAACUUAGUAAAAUAUGUAAUUAUACGUUUCCUAUAAUGGAAAACUUUAAAAAAGAUAUAUAUAUAUAUAUAUAUAUAUAUAUAUAUACACACAUCUAUAUUUAAAAAAAAAAUGUUAUUAUUAAAUAGCAGCUCGAAGAGAGAGAAAAGAAAACAAGAAAAAAAAGAAGAAAAAAAAAAGAUCAAUAGAAACAUUUGUUCUAUAUUAGAUUAUAGUAAGAAAUAUUUAACAUUAGCAAAAUGACGAUAGAACAGCCUCAUCGUGUAAUUUAGUUCUAAUUAAUUAGAAUUAGCAAUAGUAAUGUACCUUACGCCUCGGUGAUACAUCGAAUGCUAGCCGAUUAUUAUUAUCAUUAUUCAGUCCUUUAUAGCAGCGAAUAACUUUCAGGAAAACUCGAAAA